AUGAAUACUUGGAAUGAAUUGAGAAUGAGAUUUGAUAAAAAUCAGACAAUUGAUAAACACUUGCAAGAAGAAAUUGUGAAAGAGAAAGAGCGUUGGAGACUAGUUUUACGUAGAAUAGUUUCAGUUGUGAAAUGUCUUGCUAAGAAUGAUCUUGCAUUUCGAGGAUCCAAAGAAAAAUUAAGUCAAGAUAGUAAUGGUAAUUUUCUUGGAUUAAUUGAAAUGAUUGCGGAAUUUGAUUUGGUAAUGCAAGAUCAUGUGAGACGCGCUGAGAAUCGUGAAAUUCAUAAACAUUAUCUUGGACAUAAAAUUCAAAAUGAAUUUAUUUUACUUUUGUCACAAAGUAUUGAGGAGUUCUUUUUAGGAUUUUUAAAGGUUGAUGAUACAUCCGGGUUAGGACUUUUUAAUGAAUUACUAAAUGUUUUAAAGACUCUUGAUCUCAAUGUUGAUGAUGUGAGGGGGCAAGAUAAUGUUCCCGAUUUAACUUUGAAAUAUUUGUCUAAUACUCGUUGGGAAAGUCGAAUUAAGAGUGUCAAAGCCAUUAGAUUUCAAUGUCCCCAAAUAAGAUUGGCUUUGUCGGAAUUAUAUGAAUCUUGUGAUAAUGAUGCAAAGACAAAGAGUGAGGCGGAGAGUUUGAUUAAUGCACUAGAAAAUUUUGAAUUUUUGCUUGGUUUUACAAAAACUAUUGAUCUUGCUAAAAGUGUUGCUCUUGAAAUGAAUGUUGAGCCCAUCUUUCAAACAAAACGUCGUGUGAUUAAAAAAAUAUAUUUUGGAGAGACUAAUGAGGAACAUGAAAACCAAUCACAGGAAGAAUCAUUUAGAGUUAACUAUUUUCUUGUUGUUGUUGAUAUGGCAAUUACUUCUUUGAAAACUAGAUUUGAAGAAUUGAAGACAUUUGAGAGUGUCUUUGGGUUUUUGUAUGAUUCACAGAAGUUAAUGUUUUUGGAUGAUAAUGAGUUGAAUGAAUGUUGUGUUAAAUUUCACUCAACUUUUUCUUAUGGCGAUUUAUCAGAUGUUGAUGUUCACGAUCUUUUCUCAGAAUUAAAAGUGUUACAAUGCACUUUGCCGACUGAAACAAUGAAUGCCUUGGAUAUUCUUAAAUUUGUCAGACUUGCAGAUUGUUAUCCAAAUGUAGCAAUUGCUUACAGAGUUUUAUUGACGGUGCCCGUGACUGUAGCAUCAGCAGAGAGAAGUUUUUCAAAAUUGAAGUUGAUUAAAACCUACUUGAGGUCAUCAAUGUCACAAGAUAGAUUGAACGGUUUGGCUACUUUGUCAAUUGAGAAGGAAAUGUUGAAGAAUAUUGAUGUUGAUGUCAUUAUAAAUGAUUUUGCAUCUCAAAAGGCUCGAAAAAGCAACUUUUAA